GCUAUUGUAGAGUGCUUUUCAAUGUCACUCGUGAUUUAGCCUCAUUAGGUUUGUGCGGGUGUACCGAGUCAAUGGCAUUCGCGUGUUACGUGCACCCGAGAGAAAGACUGUGAAGGUACGGAUGUGAUCAAGUCCAGAGUAAACGCAUUGGAAAAUGAGUCGCCGACUGCAAAAGAAAUCCCCUCGUUAUUUUUCUUUAUUUGAAUUCCAUUUCCCAUUGAAUUUUUUCAUUUUUCACAUUACCGUUUUCAUUUAUGGUGCAGCAGUCGUACAAUCGGAACAAUCAUCACCUCGUCAGUGUUUUUUUUUUUUUUGAUGCCCAAAAACUAAAAAUAGAAGCAUCACUAAAUCAUUUACAGCGUCAUCAUGCGAUGACGUCACGGAAGUGCAUCCCCUCCCCUCCCCUGCGCUCGCCUGCGCUCCCCUCGCCUCCCUCCUUCCUCCCAUCCUGGACUGCAAGUGUGUAAAAAGUCUGCAUUGGCCCAUUGCUGCAGUGCAAUCGCACAUCCACGCGCACACCCGCACUCUUAUUUGAGCAGCUGGCUUGCACAGCAGCGCUAUCCUGACCCAGACCAGCUUCCGCAGUGACUCAGCACAGGCCGCGCCAUGGCCCAGAGCGACCCAAAGGAGCCGACGCCCCCGCCGGGGACGCUGAGCCCCGGCCAGCUUCAGUCCCACUUCAAGAUGGAGCCAAAGACCUUGGGGGCCAUCCAGCUGGUCAUCGGCGUCUUGCUGCUGUGCCUGAGCAUGUCCGUGCUGCGCGUCCACGAGCUCCACUUCACGACCGACGUGGCGCUCUUCCUCGUCGUGGUCAUUCAGGUCGUCUUAUCCGGCUCGGCGUUGAUACACAGCGGGAGGAGGCCCACUCUCUUUUGGGUGAAAGUCACCCUGGUUCUUCAUCUGAUCAGCGCCGCCUUCUCCACCGCCGCCCUGGGGCUCAUGUCCAAGCACCUCCCGUACAGGCAGGACUCGUACCACUGCGAACACUGCCGCCGGCUGGAGUACCACGCCGUGCUACAUUGUUUCAGGAAAUGCACCGAGCUGAUCGAGCAAAAGUGCAAAAUGCUGAUUGAUGGCAUCCUGGGAACGCUGGUGGUCUUCCUGGUGCUGGAACUGCUGAUCUGCAUCACCGCCAUGCUCUUCGGUCUCACUGUGCUGGCCGCGCGCAGGACUCAGGCUCCGAGUGAGCGACCUCGCUACCCUCAGACCCGCCCCCCACCGUCGCCCGCAGUUCAGGCUGCGCGGGUCGCUCCCCCAGCUGCAACAGAGCGCUCUGCAUCCCAGGUGGCCGUGGUGGUGACCGAACCCGACUCUGAUCUGGUGGAAGACAUUGCGACACCGCCGACCGAACCUCAAGUGGAGCCCAUUUAAACAGUCACACACACACACCGUUGUGAAUAAAUCCCGAUGCCACGCCCGAUGCUGUAGAAUAUGUUCAUGCAUUGGGAGGUGACAAACGUGAUCAGAACGGGAAUGCACCAAAAAUGUUUAACGUCAGAUAUAAGCCACGAUAGAAGUCAUGA